AUGUUAUCUCCUGAAACAUUAAAAAGAGAACAAGAAGCAAUUCAAACAGCUGCGCAACAGUUAAAAACAGAUACACAUUUAACAAUUGAACCCCGCAAUGGUGGUUGUGAACCUCGUGUUAUAUGUGAAGAAGUACCUGUUGAUCGUAAAGUUGGUCAUAAUAGAAUACCUUAUCCACAAUGUCUUGAAAUACAUCGAUGUGGUGGUUGUUGUCAAGAAGUUCAAUUUUCUUGUAUAUCUACGGUACAAGAACCAGUGACAUUUAGUCCAUUAUUAUUAAUUUCCUUGGAUGACACAAAUCAAUAUGAAGUUAAUCGUCCAUUAACAUUAAUGAAUCAUACAAAGUGUGAAUGUAAAUGUAAUAAAAAAGAAGAUGAAUGUCUUCGAGAAGGCAAAAUACUUGAUUCAAUAUUAUGUCAAUGUAUUCAACCACGUUGUGUACCUGAAUGUCUUAUAUCAUCAACAUGUUCAACUGUGCCUGGUAGUAGUAUACCACGAUGCACAUGCCGUCGUCGUAUACAAGGACACGCAAGUAAUUAUUGUCCAAAUCCCAACCAACGACCAGAUUACAUGUGCAGACGCUGCGAAACAUUUUAUGGUUAA